AUCCAAGGGAGAUAAUUCAUACAACAUGGCGCACGUUUCUUUAAAUUCGUUUUUUACAGUCGAUUGACUAUGCUCUACAAAACAAAGAUGGACUGUCAGCAGGGGAAUUGUUGUCAUUUCAACACGCCCACAUUGCGAGUCCUCGGUGCCAGUUGGAACACCCUGAGUCACAAGUGCAGAGGGUCCUGGAUCCCCCCUACGAUGAAAUGGUAGCAGCCCAUAUCAGAUGCUGUUGGGCUGUUGCCAAUCAUGAUUUCAUUGAGGCGUACGGCUGUCAGGCUGUCGUUGUACAAGCCUUCACCAAGGCCAUGCAGAGUCAGAAGGAGGAGAACUGGUCCCUGCCCCUCAUGUUCAGCGUGUGUCUGGAUCUCCGUCGGUUCGCCAUCAGUGCUGACGUACAGGCGGUGAUGAAGAGUCGAGGCAAGCCCGGGGAGAGGAUGGAGAAGGCAGCAGAGCUACUCAUGGGCUGCUUCCGUGUGUGUGCCAGCGACAACCGAGCUGCCGUGGAAGACUCAAAGAAAUGGGGAAUGUUGAAUCUUGUCAACCAGCUGUUCAAAAUAUACUUCAAGAUCAACAAGCUUCACUUGUGUAAACCUUUGAUUCGGGCCAUUGACAGUCUGGUAAUCAAGGAUCGGUUCAGUCUCUCCCAGCUCAUCACAUACAGGUACUAUGUCGGGAGGAAGGCCAUGUUUGACAGCGACUACAAAGCAGAAGAAUAUCUUACUUUUGCAUUUGAGACAGGAUCAGUGUGGAAAAUACUCUCAUCCACUAACCCUAACCCUAACUCUGCUUGUCAUAGCCCUAACCAGGAAUAUGUAGUUAUGGGAUCUUGUUGUCUCUCUCUUCAGGGACAGAUGCCAACCUUCAGUGUUCUACACAAGUACAACCUCAAGCAAUUUGCAGAUGUUGCUCGGGCAGUGAGUUCUGGCAACCUGCUGCAGCUGAACACAGCGUUCCUGAAACACGAGGCGUUCUUCAUCAAGUGCGGCAUCUACCUGAUCCUGGAGAAACUGAAGAUCAUCACCUACAGGAACCUCUUCAAGAAAGUAUACUUGAUUCAUCAGAAGAACCAUCUUCUGCCUCUCGAAGACUUCACAAUGGCUCUGAGGCUCAUGGAUGUUGAAGACAUCGAUGACGAUGAGACCCAGUGUAUCAUUGCUAACCUUAUAUAUGAGAACAAAAUCAAAGGCUACAUCUCCCAUCAGCAUCAGAAGCUUGUUGUCAGCAAACAGAACCCGUUCCCUGUGCUAUCAACUGUUUUAUAGUACAUCACCAGCAACAUCUGAAACAUUUCUCAUCUUCAGCAUCAGAAGCUUGUUGUCAGCAAACAGAACCCAUUCCCUGUUCUAUCAACUGUGUUAUAGUACAUCACCAGCAACAUCUGAAACAUUUCUCAUCUUCAGCAUCAGAAGCUUGUUGUCAGCAAACAGAACCUGUUCCCUGUUCUAUCAACUGUGUUAUAGUACAUCACCAGCAACAUCUGAAACAUUUCUCAUCUUCAGCAUCAGAAACUUGUUGUCAGCAAACAGAACCUGUUCCCUGUUCUAUCAACUGUUUUAUAGUACAUCACUAGCAACAUCCGAAACUUUCUCAUCUUCAGCAUCAGAAGCUUGUUGUCAGCAAACAGAACCCGUUCCCUGUUCUAUCAACUGUUUUAUAGUAUUUGGACACUGCAUCAGAGGCAACUAACAGGAUUGGGUCGUCAGAGUCGCUGUGCUAGGCUCACAUGUCAUUGUAUCCCAGUUACGUAGAUCGAUGCGCAUGCUGAAGGUUGGAAUUAGUGAAAGGUUUUACGCUGCUGUUAACAAUAAUCAAGCAAGGUCACAGAGCGGGAAACCAGAAACGGGCUCCUCAUAUUGUACCCAUAUGGGGAACAGAACCUCGAUUUUCAGUGUGCUGUCAUGUCUUCACUGGCAGUAUUGACGAAGUAAGGGACCGUUCAUAAUUUAUGGCUGGUGGGGUGGUUUGUGGGUGUGUGUGUGUGUGUGUGUGUGUGUGUGUGUGUGAUGAUUUUUAUGGAGAAACAUGUACAAUGU